AUGGCCCAGAAGUGUUGGAAAUGUUGCAAGCCACGAGUUCUUACCUUCGACGAAUUCCUUUCCAUUCCACCAUGCACAACUGGCAAGCACUCUACGACAGAUAUUCCUCCAACCAUUGAGAAGAAGCAAGGAGAGCAAGACGUAUCCGAAAGUUCAGCGCCUACUGUAAAGCCAAUUGCACCUGAAGCUUCACGAGCUCCCAUUUCCGCGCCUCAGCCAACAGCCACACCACCACCUCCCCCACCAGAGUCAGAAGACGACGAUCCCAGCCUCGAAAUACCAAAGGGCAAGAUUUGCAGAAGAAAAGCGUGCGGUCAAUCAUAUACUGGAAAUAGAGAAGGAGAGAAAUGCGUGUAUCAUCCUGGAGCACCCAUAUUUCAUGAAGGCAGCAAGGGUUAUACCUGUUGCAAGCGGAGAGUAUUGGAAUUUGAUGAGUUUAUGAAGAUUGAGGGCUGCAAGACGAAAGAUAGACAUCUGUUCGUCGGAAGUGGAGAGAAGAGUAAAGCCAAAACUGGAGGGGAAGAGGUGCUAGAAACAGUCCGUCAUGACUUCUACCAAACUCCAACAUCUGCAAUCGCGUCCUUUUUCCUGAAGAAGAUCAACAAGGAGAAGGCUGUAGUAGAAUUCUCCAAGACCGAACUCAACCUCGACCUCGUUACGACAGAUGCCCUACCUAAGCGAUACAAAACCGUGGUUCCAUUAUUUGGUUCAAUCGAUACAGAAGCGUCAUCAUUCAAGAUAAUGGGAACGAAGCUGGAGGUAAAUUUUGUGAAGGCGGAUGGUAGCUCGUGGCCAGUCUUGAGAAGCGACGAACCUGUGAGGGAAAUCAUUCAAAUGGGAAAGGCUGGACGAGCGACGUGA